UAGGGUCUGAUUAAAAUAUUUAUCUCCUCUAGAGAUUAUUGAGAAGGAGUGGAACUUUGUAGGUGACUUACCUGUUGAGUUUAGACUCUUCUUUCUUCCUGCGAUCUCUAAGUAAAUGGGAAAAAGUUCCCUGUUUUUCUGGCUCCUGUCUUAACUUUGUAAGCCUCCUAUUCCAGAGAGCCUCUUAUUUUAUAUAUUAAGUAUUUACAUAUGCUAGAGUUGUCUAGUGUUUAUCGAUAGCUGAAUAAUCAUUAUAUAUUUAUGUUUUAAUAUUUUAUAGGACUAAAUCGUUUUGCUACUUUAAAAAAAUCAUGAAGGUACAUUAUUUGAAGUUUGGGGAAGAAAGGACUUUGGUAACAAAGGACAGCUAUUCCUAUGUUAAGCAGAGAAACAGCAGGAGAGAUUUCUGUAAGAAGAUACCAGCUCAGAUUCCACUGUUCAUAAUUUUGCAAUGCAGCAAGUCUUGGAAAACCUUACAGAGCUGCCCCCAUCUACUGGAGCAGAAGAAAUAGACCUAAUUUUCCUCAAGGGCAUUAUGGAGAAUCCUAUUGUAAAAUCACUUGCUAAGGCUCAUGAGAGGCUAGAAGAUUCCAAACUAGAAGCUGUCAGUGACAAUAACUUGGAAUUAGUCAAUGAAAUUCUUGAAGACAUCACUCCUCUAAUAAAUGUGGAUGAAAAUGUGGCAGAACUGGUUGGUAUACUCAAAGAGCCUCACUUCCAGUCACUGUUGGAGGCCCAUGAUAUUGUGGCAUCAAAGUGUUAUGAUUCACCUCCAUCAAGUCCAGAAAUGAAUAAUUCUUCUAUCAAUAAUCAGUUAUUACCAGUAGAUGCCAUUCGUAUUCUUGGUAUUCACAAAAGAGCUGGGGAACCUUUGGGUGUGACAUUUAGGGUUGAAAAUAAUGAUCUGGUAAUCGCCCGAAUCCUCCAUGGGGGAAUGAUAGAUCGACAAGGUCUACUUCAUGUGGGAGAUAUAAUUAAAGAAGUCAAUGGACAUGAGGUUGGAAACAAUCCAAAGGAAUUACAAGAAUUACUGAAAAAUAUUAGUGGAAGUGUCACCCUAAAAAUUUUACCAAGUUAUAGAGAUACCAUUACUCCUCAACAGAGUUGCAUCAGUAUGGAGAGGCAUCCAGCACACAUCCAUCAGGUAUUUGUGAAGUGUCAUUUUGAUUAUAAUCCAUAUAAUGAUAACCUAAUACCUUGCAAAGAAGCAGGAUUGAAGUUUUCCAAAGGAGAAAUUCUUCAGAUUGUAAAUAGAGAAGAUCCAAAUUGGUGGCAGGCUAGCCAUGUAAAAGAGGGAGGAAGCGCUGGUCUCAUUCCAAGCCAGUUCCUGGAAGAGAAGAGAAAGGCAUUUGUUAGAAGAGACUGGGACAAUUCAGGACCUUUUUGUGGAACUAUAAGUAGCAAAAAAAAGAAGAAGAUGAUGUAUCUCACAACCAGAAAUGCAGAAUUUGAUCGUCACGAAAUCCAGAUAUAUGAGGAGGUAGCCAAAAUGCCUCCCUUCCAGAGAAAAACAUUAGUAUUGAUAGGAGCUCAAGGUGUAGGCCGAAGAAGCUUGAAAAACAGGUUUAUAGUAUUGAAUCCCACUAGAUUUGGAACUACGGUGCCAUUUACUUCACGGAAACCAAGGGAAGAUGAAAAAGAUGGUCAGGCAUAUAAGUUUGUGUCACGAUCUGAGAUGGAAGCAGAUAUUAAAGCUGGAAAGUAUUUGGAACAUGGGGAAUAUGAAGGAAAUCUCUAUGGAACCAAAAUUGAUUCUAUUCUUGAGGUUGUCCAGACUGGACGGACUUGCAUUCUGGAUGUCAACCCACAAGCACUGAAAGUAUUGAGGACAUCAGAGUUUAUGCCCUAUGUGGUAUUUAUUGCGGCUCCAGAGCUAGAGACGUUGCGUGCCAUGCACAAGGCUGUGGUGGAUGCAGGAAUCACUACCAAGCUUCUGACCGACUCUGACUUAAAGAAAACAGUGGAUGAAAGUGCACGGAUUCAGAGAGCAUACAACCACUAUUUUGAUUUGAUCAUCAUAAAUGACAAUCUAGACAAAGCCUUUGAAAAACUACAAACUGCCAUAGAGAAACUGAGAAUGGAACCGCAGUGGGUCCCAAUCAGCUGGGUUUACUGAUGAUUCAGUAAGGUUAACAAUGAAAAUUAAACUUUUAAAAAGUGACUGCAACAAUUAAACCUUCUACUGAGAAAAUACAUCACAGUUAGAAGAUCAUCUGCCAAGUCCGGGCGUUUUUAUGGUGUAGAUUGAAAUAACAGUACACUGUUCUGAAUUUUUAUAUAAAUUGUGGUUGGGAAGGUGUACUAAUAUAUAAUUUAUCUUAAUUUUUCUAACUUUGUAUGGAUAAUCUUUCUAUUCAUAUCACAUAAAGAAAUGCGUUGAAGCAUUUUGUAUAUGUUUUGAUUUAGUACCCUUGCCUUUUUCAUCAAAGGAGUUUUCAAAUCAUUCACUCUUAACAUUGGUCUCACAUUUUCACUGUGAUAAUGAAUAUUACUUGAAAUAGUUUUGUAAAGCUGUCAUUUAGUUCAGUAUUGAAAUAGUGAAGGGUUAGUCUUAAUAGAAGAAAAUAUAGUUAUUGACCUUCCUUCUUAUAAAUUUCUUACAAAAGCAGAAUUUUAAUGUCAGUGUUAACAGCUAGUCUACUACCAUCUAAAUCUGACAUCAAAAGUCUGAUCAGUUUACAUAUUUUCAUUAUUUCAGAGAUGUAUGGCUAUCCAUUCUAAUUUAUACAGUUGUAUUAGUUUCGUCUCUUCAUUUCUAUCUUUACUGAAAAAUUGAGCAAUACCUUGCACUCUCUUAUGAGGUUAUUCUUUUUAUUUGUUGCAGUGUUAUGAUACUAAUUUAAUGUGUACACAGUAAGCUCUGAGGCUGGAAGCAAGGUCAUGCAGACUGAGAGAGUGCCUUAUCCUGUAAAACCUUACAGCAAAAUGACACUUGAAGAAAGCUUAUUUUCACAUGUAAAAUUUUAACUGACAAAAGGAACCUACUACUUUAAAUAAUGUUUUUAUUAGAACAUGGUCAGCAAAUGUAUCAUGCCUCUGCAAAUUUUAGUGAUGUUUAAAGAUGCCUGUAAGUUUGCAGUUGUAGGUUUUUGUGAAUAAUCAAUGUGCUUUUGGAAAUGUGAUGUGAUCCUUAGGGUACCUGUUCUGUCUGUUGUGUUGAGAACCAAAUCCAUUGAACAACUUAAAAAAUUGGGAAAUAAUUGUCAGCUGUUUUGUAUACAUACACACAAAAUAUAUACAUUAUAUAAUAUGUAUAUUAUGUAUUAUAUAAUAUAUAUUAAAUGUUUUGUAUAUUUUUUACAUAUCUGUUAAGAAAUGUACUUUGUUUUUUGUUUGUUUGUUUGUUUUGAGAUGGAGUCUGUCUCUGUCACCCAUGCUGGAGUACAGUGGCACGAUCUCAGCUCGCUGCAACCUCUGCCUACUGGGUUCAUGUGAUUCUCGUGCCUCAACCUCCCAAGUAGCUGGGAUUACAGGUGCGUGCCACCAUACCCGGCUAAUUUUUGUUUUUUUAGUAGAGACGAGGUUUCACCAUGUUGGCCAGGCUGGUCUCGAACUCCUGACCUCAAGUGAUCUGCCCACCUUGGCCUCCCAAAAUGCUGGGAUUACAGGCAUGAGCCACCGCACCUAACCAAGAAAUGUACUUUUUGUUUAAUGAUUACCAAAAGAAGUUGUCCUUUAGAUGCAUUGACUUAUACAAAUUCCCACAUUCACCUCAGUUAAUAUCUUCCUUUAGGAUUCUUGGAUAAUAGAAAUUCUUCCUAAAAUACAUUCAGAGAUGCAACUCAUUAUUAAAUUAAGGUAACCACAUUCUGUAUUGUUGCCAGCUUUUCAUAUAAACAUUAUUCACACUUUAAAGGAUUAGGUGCUUAAAUAUUGAUGGUCAUCUUUGUCUAGUGUUAGGUGCCAGACACCUGGCUGCUGAAUUUGUUUUUUCCCUCACCAAGGUUGUCAUAUGGAAUGCCAGCUGGGAGAACUUUGAGGGAUCUUUUUCACAAUAAAACAAAACACCCAAGUUGUCAUAUUGCUAAAGUUGGAAAUCUAUAGGUUUUUCUUUUCUUUUCUUUUCUUUUUUUUUGACUCUAGAUUUCAUUGCCAGAAUACAAAUUCACGUUUCUUGUCCCAGGGCAGGGAAUUGGUGACAAAAUGGAUUAUACUCUUUUAAUAACUGUGGAAACUUUCAAACUACAUGUAUUUACACCAAAUUCUUGGCUUCUCAAAGCAACAUGAAUUAAAGCACAGUGUCAAGGUGAUGCCCUAUGACUUAAUGUUUUAACACACACUUGAAAUUUUAAGAGAAAUUUCAGUUCUGCACUCAGGAAAUGUGCUGUAUUCUCUAAUGUACUUUCAUGCUGCAGCAUGGAGCCUCUUUAAACAGCUUUGGGAUAAUUAUAGCAGCACAAGAAGUUUAUCUGCCAAAUAUUUCAAUCAUCUUGGUACAAUAGAUGACUUUUACGUCAUGUAUAUUGUUAGCCUUAUGUGAUAUAAAAUGUAUUACUUAGAAAAUAUACUUAAAGAAAUUAUUUCUUAUAAAUGGUAUUCCUGAUUGACUAUUUAAUUAAUGCAUAUUAGAUUUCUCCUAAUAUGAAAUGAUGCAGUUUAGUUCAUUUCAGUCUAGAUGCCAGUGCUAACAAGAAUACAUUUAGAUAAGUUCAUUGUAUCUCAAUGAAGAAUCAUUGAACUUGAAACCCAAGUCCCAUAUGAAUCUGCAGGAAUGAGCAGUGCUCUGCUGGGGCAAGAAGCCCAGGGGUCCCAGGGUUCUUCCUAGGUAAUGAGAGUAUAGCUGUGAUCAAGGAAAUGUUAACUUCUCUUUUGGGAAGAUCUGUAAUAAUUAGCUUUAUGGAAGAGAAAAAGGUUUAGAGUGAUGUUGAGCAAUUGUUAAGGGUUGAAAUAGACACACACAUGCAUAUGCUUUUGGGAAACAUGAUGUGCCAGCACAUUAAUGUGCCUGAGGGCUCCUUGUGGAUAGGUGAAUGUCCACAUUUCAGCACUCAGGGCAUGAUUGUACACAACUGAAGACUAUAUAUGUAUAUUUUUUCAUUUUCAAAUGUACAAAUACCCAUUGAGGUGAUAUCCCUGGAUAAGUCAUUUAACCAUAACUUACUGAAAUAAAUGUGAUAGCCCUACAAAGUAGAAUUUUCACCUUCAUUACAGCCAUGCCUUUAUUAUGCAGUCUCCAUUUCUGUGUGGUAUUUGGUAAUAUCACGUCAGAUACAUCAGGAGUUUGUUUAUUUUGGCUAACUCUAACUAUACAAUUUCUGAACAUAGCUUUCUGAAAUGGAAAUUAUAUCAGAAACCCAGUAUGCCUACAGCAGUAGUAGCCUAAACCCUAGAUUCUAGAAUCCGAUAUAUUUAUAGUAGUUUUUAAGAAGUUUCCUUUAAAGCAACAAAUAGAUUAUUAAGGCAAAUUUAGAUAAUAACCCAAGUUAGCGAUAAAACCGUGUGACAUUAUAGAUUAUAUCCAGAUACUAACUGCUUUGACCAUAUCCCAAUGACAAUAAAAAAUGAUCCUUGCUUUAAAAAUUAUUAAAUGGUACUUAUUUUUCUGUAUAACAAGUGUCAUGAUCCCAGUGAUUGGAGUUGAUUUUCAAGGUGGAUAGCCAUAGAGUUAGGUAAAAUUAUUUUGAAUUGGCAAACUAAAGAUAACAAUUUUGAAAAUUGCUCAAAAUAAUAAUCUACUUACAUUUUACUUUUGUAACUUCUGAAAUAGUACUCCAUUAUCUAGAAAUCACAGGCUAGAGAGCCAAUAAUUUUAUAGUAAUUAACCUUAACUAAACAUGAAAAAGGCAAUCCUGAAGUUUUAUGUACAUACAUAGCAGUUCAUUUUUUAAAUGUUUGAGUUGCCAUAUAUUAUGUAUGUGUGUGUGUGUGUGUGUAUAUAUAUAUACAGCUAUGUGUAUAAUAUGUAAAAUUCUCCCAAAAUAUAUGAAUAUAAAACUGAAUGUAUUCACUCAUGUAAUUAUAACUAGCAUUCUAAAAUUUUUAAUUACUCCCAUUUCUUUUGACAUUCUGAAACUUUUUUUAGAUUGUUUUUAAAGGCUCUGGUUCCACCUUGAAUCUGAUAAUCUUUCUGAAAAAUAUAUGAGAAACUCAGAAAGUAGUCAUUAUUAUAGUAAAUUUAAUUUUCUUAGGGAAAAAGGACAGGGUUCUGGAUGGAAACCCCUUGGGAAAUUCUUAUUUGAACUUUUGAAUGAAUCUGUAAUAUGAUUCAGGUUGAGAUUAUGGUACCUGCCCUUGUCUUAUUUCAAGAGAUUUGCUGUGAGAAUUCAUGUAAUAACAUCUGUAAUGUAUUUGGAAUUCUUGGGAGAAAUUCAUUCUUUUAAAUAAUGGGAUUAUUGUAUAUAGUACAAAUGAAUACUCACAAAAUUUAAGAAUACAUUUGACUAAUAAUUGAGCAUCUUGUCAGUUUUUAUGCCAGUAUAUAUUGUAUACCUGAGGAAAAUGACAGUUCUAUAAUUUUUUUAAGGUAAGGUUAUUUUUAAAUUGCAUUUUUGUUCUAGCGUUUUGCAGUUUAUAUUCUUUUUAAAAUAUUUCCCGUAAUUCAUCAUGCUACCUUCUGUGUUCUUGGAAUGGUUUUUGAAAAAUGCACGGAUUCGAACAUGAGUCCUUAACAUACUAAACAGCGAAAGAAUGAUGAUAUAUCAUUUCUAAAGUAAGCAUGGUUCACACCAUUUUGGUAAGACACUGCAGUACUUUUAAAAAAAUAUUCUCUAGUGAUAAAAGUAAAGACAGGGUAGAUCCUAAUUCUGACUUCUGACUGUGAUCUUCGAUGAAAUUUAUACUUCCCUUUAUCAUUACUAUUCUACUUGUUAAGUAAGGCUAAGUUAAUAUUUGUCUUUGCCUUAAAUUCUAAUUUGUAAUUUGUAACUGUGAUGUGGUAACUGAUAUGCUGAACUGAAAAAUCCUUAUUUAGUUAUUUUAAAGUGUACCUCUUUCUGAAGUAAUGUAGUGAAUGGUGAAUACUUUUCAGGAAUUCUUCUUCCAGUUUUAAAAUAGCCCCAGAUAAAGUUUCAGCCGGAAGAAGGUCUGUUCUGCUCUCUUAGUCCUAAUCAGAAAGUCCCUUUUAGCUUAUAACCCGUACUAAAUCCAAACCCUUAACAAAUCCUUGCUGCCAGCCAGACCACUCACAAGUCAAAAAAAUGUAAGCAAACAUUCCAGUACUUGGUUACACCAGAAGACUCUGAUCUUUGCCCCUGAAAACUGUCCUACUUUUUAUCCUUAUACCUGAAAUCACUGUAGCCCUAUUGUUUUACCCAUACCAUUAAUUUUAAAAGGCGUCUAUUUCUUUGUAGAAAAAAACAUUCACAGUGAGGUUUUAGUUUGUGAACCUCAGAAUCCAGAUAUUAAUCCACUUUAGUUAUUACUUUCUAAUUGCUUCUCAGUCAUUGGCUGAUAAUGCAGUGGUGUGAUAAAAUUUGACUUAUGUCCACAUACAAAAGUCGAUCAGAAGGGAUAGUUCUCUUCCUUUUUUCCCCUCCUACUGGCUCUUACUAUUUUCUAAUCUCCAAUGUAAACGGAAUGAACACAUCUAUAGUUAAGGUAAAAGCCACCAAUAAAAUCCGAAGAUAGAGUGAUUUACUGCUUGUAAAGCAACUGUCUUUGAAUCUUAUGAAAUAGGUGGUGGUGCUACCACAGAAGCCAAAAAGGUCUUAAAAUUGGAAAUAGAUGUCUUUAUUGUACUUCAGCCAACAGCAAGCCAGGAGAAGAAACAUAUAAAUAUGGCAGGCCAUAUAUGAAAUUUGGCUCUCCUCCUAUCAAAGUAGCCUGGGAGCUUGGAGGAAGCCUAAUUAAUUAACUUAAACAGGAAAAAAGUAUACUCAUCUGAUGUAUGUAAAAACUCAUCAGCUGUAAAUUACCAACAUUAAACCAAAAGUCAUUACCAUUUAAAAUGUGUGGUUUUCAUCUUAUUCUUAAAUAGGAGAGGUGGACAGUAGUGUAAGUAACAUUGCUUUAAAGACAUGAAACUUGUCCUGGUAAACAUGGUCCAAAUGAGAAAUGCCUCCAUCUUUUCAGGUAGAACCAGAUUUCAGGCGUAGCUUAGCUAAUCUGUAUUUGAAAUACAAUAUAAAUAUUUCUUAUGUCUCUGUAUCCUCUUAAAAAGAAUUGCUGACUGACUUCUGUCUCUUCAGUAACAGAUUUUUUUUUUUUUUAAAAGAAGUGAUAUUUUGGACUCUGUUGUAGAAGAAUGAGCACUAGUAUUCAGCAACAAGUGCAAUUUCUCCAUGUAAUGUUGAGCUCUGUUAGAGCUUAUGGUGAGUAUUUGAUGUGAAAACCUUACUGUGGGAAUUUUUUAUUCUUCCUUUUCCCCCCAUCCCAGUUCGUUUUGGUAAAUCUUUUCUUUGAACACAGACGCAUGCUUUUUUAAACCUCUAGUCUUCGAAGUAACUGUAGAAGAGAAUCUUUAAAAAAAAAAAAAAAAAAAAAUUGGAGGGCAGAAUGCUUGUUA